GAUUACAAAGUUGUAACUGCAGAAUCAGGUUGAUACUCAGCAAAUAUUGUGCAAUAUCAAACAAAUCAUUAACAAUUUAUUCAAUGCGAUAUCCUACAUAGUUAUUAGUUUCCUACUAUUACAUUUCUCUCAGCAUUGAGGUACAAGAGAAUCACAAAGUAGCCUUUUAGUCGUUAUUGCCUUGCAAGCAUAUCUCAGCUCCAGGAAUGUCUGCAGGUGAUUGUGGCAAUGGCGGCAGUAGCGGCGGCUGCGAGUGUGGCUGUUGUUGUAUCCACAAUGGAGCUAAGAUGGAGGACAUACAGCCACACCCAGUGAUGGAACAGCUCCCAGGGGUCCAAUAUUGCAUCAAUAGUCCACCUCCAUGGCUGGAAGUCGUAGUUCUUGCGUUCCAGCAUUAUCUGAUGACCCUAGGUACAACUGUCUUGAUUCCAAGUGUGUUUGUAAACCAAAUGGGAGGCAGUAAUGUUGAGAAGGCUAAGGUGAUACAGACCUUACUAUUUGUUUCAGGACUAAACACACUAAUGCAGUCCUUAUUUGGCACCCGACUUCCCUCAGUAAUUGGUGGUUCAUACGCAUUUGUUAUUCCCAUGACUUCCAUUCUACAUGCCAAAAGAUAUCACUUGUCAUCUCCGGAGCCCAAUGGAGAUUACCGCACAUAUCAUAAGUUUGAAAGGACAAUGAGAGGUAUGCAGGGUGCUCUCAUUGUUGCCUCUUGUUUCCAGAUGCUUAUCGGCUUCCUAGGAGUGCAGAGAAAUGUUGUAAGGUUUCUUACCCCUCUUUCUGUGGUUCCUCUUAUGACUUUUACUGAACUUGGGCUAUACCAUCUUGGUUUUCAAAUGUAUCUUCCCCAUUAUGCAAAAGCAAAUACAAAGAGACGUGUGUGUGAUCGAUUUGCACUUCUGUUCUCUGUUGCAUUUGUAUGGGGCUAUGCGCAAAUUCUCACUUCAAGUGGUGCAUAUCAUAACGCUUCUGUAGCCACUCAAGCUAGUUGUCGCACUGAUUGCGCUGGCCUCAUUACUGGAGCUCCUUGGUUAUAUAUUCCUUAUCCAUUUCAAUGGGGGAGACCUACUUUUCAAGCUGGUGAAGCUUUUGCGAUGAUGGCUGCUUCUCUUGAGUCUACUGGCACAUUCCUUGCAACAGCAAGAUAUGGGAGUGCUACACCUGUUCCAGCUUCUGUAAUCAGUCGCGGUGUUGGUUGGCUGAGAUUUGGGACUUUGCUGUCUGGUAUAUUUGGUACCUUGACUGGUUGUACAGCAUCAGUUGAAAAUGUUGGUUUAUUGGCAAUGACAAGAGUAGGAAGUCGAAGAGUCAUUCAAGUAUCAGCUGGGUUUAUGAUAUUCUUCUCUUUAUCAGGAAAAUUUGGGGCAUUUUUCGCUUCGAUACCUCUGCCAAUUACAGCAGCUUUAUACUGUUUCUUCUUCGGCUAUGUAGGCUUCUCUUUCUUCCUUGGACUCUCUGUACCACAAUACUUCCGGGAAUAUCAACUUAGUUCAGGAGCCAGUCCCGUUCACACGCAUUUGAGAUGGUUUAAUGACAUGGUAACGGUCAUCUUCACAUCCCAUGCCACGGUGGCUGUUUUAGUUGCGGUGAUAUUGGAUUGCACUCUUGCUCGCGAGGACGACGAGGGUGGAAAAGAUAGCGGAUCGCAUUGGUGGGAGAAGUUCAUGUUUUAUACUAGAGAUGUGAGAAAUGAUGAAUUUUAUAAACUCCCUUGUAAACUCAACAAUCUUUUCCCUCCUGUGUAAAUUCAACAAGCUUUUUGUCCUUCAGCACACUUAGUUAAUUGGUUGCUAUUUAUUCUUUCUUGUAA